CAGCUUUCUCCUUCUCGUUGCUGCUUCUGCUCACUUACCACUAAACUGUACCGCGACCUUGAGGAGGCGACACUGCUUAGGUUAAAGAGCAAGAAUCGGCACAGAUAGAGAGAGAGAGAGAAAGAGAGAGAGAGAGGGGCGGAGCCACCGUCGCCGUCGCCGUCUCCGUCGUCGUUAUUGCCGGAGCUCGAGGCAUGGAAUUACACGGAGCGUCGGUCAUGUGAAAAGGCCCCCCGGUCAAAGAGAGACCACCGCACGGUCCAUGAGCCCGGUCAAACUCCGACCCACCACCGCAACCGCCGACCGUCUUCGCUAGAAGUGCCGCCGCUCCAUGAUGGCUGAGACCGGCGUCGUCCGGUUCCAUGGCAACCUGGACCCGGCGGCCCAGGAGUUCCGUCCGGCCAGAAACCCUAACCCUCCCUUCUUCGCGGCGCCGGCGCAGCAGCAACCGCCUCCGCCUCCGCCGCCGCCGGCGCAGCAGCUCUACUACCCGCCGCCGUACGAGGUCCAGGUCGUGCCCUUCCAGUACCACCACCCCCACCACCACCCCGCCUCAUGCCGCCGCCUCCGUGGCCCCGCCGAUGCCGCCGCCCUCCCCGACGGCGACGCGGGCGCUGGCGCUGUGCCCGGUGCCGGGGACGCGAGCGAGUCGUGGGUGCGGCGGGAAUUGGAGGUGUUCGGGGACGUGCGGGCGGUGCAGAUGGAGCGGGCCCGCCGCGACGGGGUCGUGACCGUCCACUUCUACGACCUGCGGCACGCGAAGCGCGCGCUGCGGGCCAUCCGGGAGCAGCAUAUGCAGCGCCAGUGCCGCCUCCGGGACCACUACUACGGCGCGCUCCCCUCCCUCCCCCCCGCCGCCGCCGCCGAGGACGCCUGCGGCGCGGCGGGGAGCGGCCUCGUGGCGGGGCCCGGGGUGUGGGCCCAGUUCGUGAUCCCGGCCGUCCACGCCAUCCCGGAUGGGCAGAACCAGGGCACCCUCGUGGUCUUCAAUUUGGACCCGGACGUGUCGACGGCCAGCUUGAGGGAGGCCUUCGAGCCAUUCGGUCCGGUGAAGGAGCUGCGGGAGACCCCGUUCAAGAAGCACCAGCGGUUCGUGGAAUUCUACGACGUCCGGGACGCCGCCAAGGCGCUGGCCCAGAUGAACGGCAAGGAGAUCCAUGGCAAGAACGUCGUCAUCGAGUUCAGCCGCCCCGGUGGCUACAACCGCAAGUUCCUGCUCGACGCCACCGGCCCGCCGACCCCGACGACCCCGACCGCUUUCGUGCACAAUUCGUCGUUCCUCUAUACCUCCCCGGCGGUCGCCUACCGUGCCAAGAUUCCCAAGGAUUCGCCGCCGCCCCCGCCCCCUCCUCCGCCUCUGACGUCGCCGCCGCCUGGUCGCCGCUCCCCCGGGCUGCGAAUCUUGCAGCCCAACAAGCCUGCCAAGAAACCGCUGAUGGGUCCCGGCGAAGCGAGCCCUACCGCGGAGAAAAGCUCGGAGGUCGAGGCAUCGAUGGGCCGCUUGAGUUUGAGCGGCGGCGGCGAUGCUCAUGGAAGCGAGAGAGGAGAAGGAGAGUAUUGUAACACAGGGAGCGUCGUCAGCGCCAGGAACAGUGGUGCCAAGAAGAAGCACGGCAAUAGCAUUAAGCAGCAAUCGCAGCCGUGUCGGAGCAGCGGCAGCAGCAGCAGUAGCGGGAGGUCAUGGAAGAGCAACAAGCAAGGCAGGCACAAGCUCGAUUCCCGGUUCGUCAUCAGCGAGGAGGACGGCGCGGUGGCGCAGGCGAGUUCCGGCGACUCCAGGACCACCGUCAUGAUCAAGAACAUACCCAACAAGUACAGUCAGAAGCUGCUCUUGAACAUGCUGGACAACCACUGUAUCCACUGCAACGAGCAGAUUGGAGAAGACCACUGCGAGGACGACGAAGACCGCCAGCCGCUGUCCGCAUACGAUUUCGUCUAUCUCCCCAUUGAUUUCAACAACAAGUGCAAUGUGGGGUACGGGUUCGUGAACAUGACGACGCCGCAGGCGGCGAGGCGGCUUUACAAGGCCUUCCAUCUCCGCCACUGGGAGGUCUUCAACUCCAGGAAAAUCUGCGAAGUCACCUAUGCAAGAAUCCAGGGUUUGGAGGCGCUGAAGGAGCACUUCAAGAACUCCAAGUUCCCGAGCGAGGCGGAGAACUACCUGCCGGUGGUGUUCUCGCCGCCGCGGGACGGGAGGCGGCUGACGGAGCCGCUCCCCGUGGCGGGCCAUUACCACCCCCACCACCACCCCCAGCAGCGGCACCGGCGGCACGAGGGGGACGAGGAGGAGGACGACGAGGAGGGGACGGACGGGGAGACGAAAGGAGGGCGGGGACCGAUGGCAAUGACGUCUGCUGCAGCGAGGAAGGAGGGGAGGCGGAGGGGUCGGGCGGCGGCGGCGGCGGGCGCAGAGGGAACAGCAGUCGAAGCUCAAACGACGGCGGCGAUAGCGGUGAUGAUGAUGGUGACAAAGAGAAGAAUUGAAUGCCGUGUCGCGUCCUUUCCCUUUGGUUCGGUAUUCGCGCAGAAGAGAGAGAGAGAGAGAGAGGAGGGAGGAAUGCGAAGCGUCACCGGCGCAGGGCGUGGGUGCACCGCCCAAUGGGCGGCCGUCGAGCUCUGCGCCAAUAGCCCUUCCUCGCACAGCUCGUCUUUCACUCUCUUCUGUUCUCUCUUUCUUCUUCUCUCUCUCUUUCUUCUUCUCUCUCUCUGGUUCUCCUGGUUUUUUAGUAUGUGCAUGGCUUUUUUGGUGUUUCUCUUUUUUGGUUUUCUCUGUCUAAUAUAUGGUGACGUUCUUCUUUAUUUCGUCAUCUCUUCCUUUUUUUUUCUUUUUUUUGUAGUGCUUUUUUGGGAGUAAUUUUGACAU